CACUCGGGUUUGACCCUUCCAGUUAAAAGGGCAAAUACUAACAUGGGAAAAAAAAAGCAGCUUCUGCCCGUCACCGCUAUUUUUAGUUGGAACAACUGCCAGCCUCGUCAGGAAUCUUUUCGCUGGUUGCUUCUAAGCCGGAUUGAUGUACAGCCCCCAGCUCCCAACCGACUCCUGCCCGUCCAAUAACACCUCAGUUAUUUCGAUUCCCAGUUUUACCAGCACCCAGCAUCCCACCUGCAGGUUCGGGAUAACAAGCUGAAAAUCCCCACUCAUCUGUCAAAAAGACGGCCGCCAAGUUACAGCGGGAAACCAGGCCUCUCUUUACAAGAUGUCCAAGCGAAGCUCCAACGUCAAGUCUAUUCAGGCCAACAUAAACAUACCCAUGGGUGCCUUGCUGCCUGGAGCUGGCCAUCCUAAUAAAAGAAAAGAAUGUACAAUAGAAGCUGAUGAGGGGACAUGCAAUAAGUCAGACGAGAAGAAAGAGCUGCCUGGAGCAGUGAAAUUACCAGGACCUGCUGUCAACCUCAAGCAGCUCCAAGAUGCCAAGAGUGAGCUCAAAUUUGUCCCCAAGGUUGAGUAAAAGAAAUUCGGAACACUAACUAUUCUCAUGGACUUUCACUCUGCGCUCAUGCAGACUGGCAAUGGGGUACUCGUGCCCAAGAUUUUGUACAGGCUUUAGUAGAAUAAACCAAUGACUUAUACAAAGCCUACCCUUCACCACUAUUGCCUCCAGUACGAUACAAAUCAGUGUUCAUAUUCAUUCUGACACUUUCCUUCAGAAUGUAAUCAUGAAAUUUAUUAUAAACUAUCUAGAAUUUAUUAAACCACUAGACUUGCUAAAUUUGAUAUAUGAAUAUUAGAUAAAUAUAUAUGUUUUAAAUAAGGAUACAUGACAAUGUCUAAGAACGUGCUGACUGGUUUGGACUGAAUCCUUGCCCACUAUAAGAUUCUUUGUUGCAAGUCUACUGAACAGUAAUAAACAAUGCA